CAGUAACGGUAAUUUAGCCUUCUGCCCAGAGAAAUUCUGUUCCUGACAUCCGUGAUAAAUCGUAAAUCAGCAAGCUAACACAGCUUGGUGUAAAGCAAGGAAACUCCGUAAUGAAACAAGAGUACCAGGACCUCAUUCUGCAGGCGUGUGGAGCCAAGACUUUGCGUGUAGGAGAGAAAAUCCAGACUCUGUGGAGUGGUUAUGGUGAGAUUGUGAGAGUCCACUUAGAAGGAUGUGGCCGACCCUCUGUCAUAGUAAAACAUGUCAAGUUUCCCAAGGAGGCGGAUCACCCUGGUGGCUGGAACACAAAUCGCUCUCACCAACGCAAGGUGAAAUCCUAUCAAGUGGAGACUCACUGGUAUCAGAAUUACUCCACCAAUGAGAGGUGUCGUACCCCUGUCUGUCUAGCUGCCCGGUCCUAUGGAGAUGAACAGCUGAUAGUCCUCGAGGACCUAGAUGAAGCUGGAUUCGACCAGAGAAGGACCAGUGUAAAUGAAGCAGAGGUAAGGGCCUGUCUCAGUUGGCUUGCCCACUUCCAUGCUCUGUUCUUGGGGGUGGUGCCCGCUGGGCUGUGGCCAGUCGGCACAUACUGGCACCUGGAGACCCGGCCAGACGAGCUGGAGGCCAUGAGUGACCUGCAACUCAAAGCAGCCGCCGGCGAUAUUAACAGGAUUCUCAACGGAUGCCGAUUCAAGACCAUUGUGCAUGGGGAUGCCAAACUAGCCAACUUCUGUUUUUCUGGGAGUGGAGUGAGUGUGGCUGCUGUGGACUUCCAGUAUGUGGGUGGGGGAUGUGGGAUGAAGGAUGUGGUCUACUGCUUAGGAAGCUGCAUGGAGGAGAAAGCCUGUGAAAAGAGGGUUCCUGGGUUGUUGGACUAUUACUUCUCAGAGUUACGGUCGUCUGUGGACAAGCAGGUCGACUUUGCUGCCCUGGAAGCUGAGUGGAGAGACAUGUUUUCUUUCGCCUGGACAGACUUCCACCGGUUCCUACUGGGGUGGAUGCCUGGACACUGGAAGAUAAACUGCUACAGCAAGCAGUUGACCAAAGAGGUCCUGAGAAAACUGAAACUGUGAUGCAUUCCGUGUUCUUCAUUUUGGCUCAUUUGGUUACUUGCUGCUGAUGGGACAGCUGUGGAUAGAAGAGUACCUGGAAAUUGGAUUUUAAUCUAUUUAUAUUUUUGAGGUGUGUCUUAUUUCUAAUAAUAUAGUCAGUGUUAGUUAAGGUGGUAGGGUGGGGUUUGCUGUCAGACCGGGGGGAGGGGGGCUAGUUUGUGUGAUAGACUUAUGCGUUUUGCAGAGAAGGGAGACUGGCGUUGGUCACGGUUUGGAAUGAAACAGGACAGAGUAACACUGAUAUCGCUGUAAUUUUUUUUUUAAACAUAGUGACAAUGUAGGCGGAAGGUGGGUGUUGCUUAGGUGGCCGCCUUAGCUGCAAAGUCCUGCGGGAAACCCUGACGGUAACUUAGUAUCCAAAUCAAUCCUUACACCAAUACCUCAGUUCUUAAAGUUGUCUUAUUCUUUAUGAUUUAAAAUAAAAGGAUACUUCAAUUUUAGGGAUAACGGUCAUCAGUAGGAUAUUUGUAUUUUCUCAAAGUAUCUCUUUCUCCUGAAGCAGAUCUCUUCACUGAUUGACCACACAAAUCCUUUUCAGUCAGGACCACUGAGUCUGGACAUGUGACCCUCCUCUGGAUCAUCCUGAUAGCAGUGGGGUUGUUGGGGUCCUCACACAGGAUGGACUCCCAGAGAUCAGCAGCUUUGUUGGGCUCAGAGGGCUGCAGGACAGGGGUUCUGUCCUGGUAGGUGGCUGGAGCUCUGGUGUGGCUGUUCCUGUCAGAGACCAGAGACUUGACCCUUUGACAACUGGCAUCAUACUGUAAAAUUCUAAAUAAAUUCUCACAUAAAAAAAGGUAAUUUGAUGUUUUUGUAAUUCACAUGCUUUUCUGAAACAUGCUAAGGGUUUCUGAAACAGGAAAAUAACGUAGGACCCUCAUCUGUGAUAUGUAAACAUUUGUUUUGUGCAGUUAAGGAGUAGCUAAUUGUUUUGACCUGUAAUUGAAUGGUGUUUGUGGUUGUAUUUAGAUUACAGUAUACAGUUACAUUGACAUUAUAUUUUUUUUUAUUGAUAAUUGUAUCAUAUAUAGAGAGUUUUCCAUUCACCUUUUCCAUUUUCUGAGAAAAUAAAAAGCUAUAAAAUGUCCAAGGGAAUGUUUGGAUGUCCUCAGAGUAUUCCUUUUUGUCUCCAAAAUAGAUAUUAUUUGUUUGUAGCUUGCUGUGUGGGUUGGAAUGUUAGAACUAAAUCUCAUAAUACAGCAUGCUCCAAAAUUAUGUGUGUCAUAAUACGUCUGAGAAUUGUUUGUGGCACUCAAACAGCUUAAUACAUUUCCCACAGUAGUAGCUGAAAUCCUAUAAGAUAUUUAUCAUUGCAACCUAUUUUACUUUGAACUGCAGCUUAUGUCAGAUAAUUUUUCAAAUACGUUUCAGAGGACAAAUCUAUAUGGAAAAGGUGACGUAGCUAAUGUAAUGAAACUACAAAGUUUGGAGCAAAACAUGCAAUAUUUUGGACUUGGCACCUGCACACACUGCCAAAGGUACCAGUACCUGGUUUAAGGACCAUGGUAUCCCUGUACUUGAUUGGCCAGCAAAUUCGCCAGACCUAAACCCCAUAGAGAAUCUAGGGGAUAUUGUGAAGAGGAAGAUGCGAGACACCAGACCCGCCAAUGCAGAAGAGCUGAAGGCCGCUAUCAGAGUAACCUGGGCUCCUCAGCAGUGCCACAGACUGGUCGCCUCCAUGCCACGCUGCAUUGCUGCAGUAAUUCAUGGAAAAG